ACCCACGGGUGCAGGUCCCUAGGAGCACCAAUCAGCACCAAGGUCAGGUGACUAAAAGGGGAUACGCCCCGCCCCCCCCCGGGAGACAACGAGCGGCACAGCUGCGGCUCAUGAGGCUGAUGAAGGUGGGCCCCACUAUAAAGGACCAACCGUUCCAACAGCCAGGGAGAACUAGACUGAGGAGACCAAGUGCUGGACCGUCGAGCGGGACCGAGGGACCCAAACCCUCCAAAGAGGAAGAACUUACUUUGGCUUUUUUUUCUUUUUGUUUGGACGUUUAGAAAUAAAUCAAACCUUUUUUGUGCAACCACUCGUGACUCCCAGCAGAUUCUUUUUGCCCACACCCGUGGAUUGCCACAUAUGGUGGAGGAUGCGGGCAAUUCUUUAGUUCCACCGCCGUAACCCCGAAAGCAGGAGACUAUGGGAGAAGCAAUGGAGGCCGCGAUGGCCAGGCUUCUCCAAGCCCAGGCGCAGCAGGUGCAGAGCAUGGCAGCCCUUCAGGGGACAUUCGACCGGCUGGCUGAGAACUUAACCCCAAGGGCCCCUCACGCGUCCCCAACAGCUCUACUCACAAAGCAGACCCCCGGAGACGAUGUGGAGGCCUUCCUUGAGGUCUUCGAACGAACGGCAGAACGUGAAGGCUGGCCGGAAGACAGGUGGGCACACAUUCUGGCGCCUUUUCUGACAGGGGACGCCCAGAGGGCGUACCAAGACCUCGGGACCAGGGAGGCUACAGACUACCCAACGCUGAAGGGGGCCAUCCUGGCCCACUAUGGGCACAAUUUAGCCGGCCGCGCCCAGCGGGUCCACGAUUGGGUGUACGACCCCCAGGGUCCCGUGCGGAGCCAGGUGGUGCGCCUGGGGAGGCUUACCCGUAGCUGGUUGGUGACCGGGGAGGGUCCAGCUGCCAUCGACCGCGUCGUUAUGGACCGCUGCAUCCGGGCCCUGCCUCUCGACGCCAAGCGAUGGGCAGCCCAGAACCACCCCGCGUCGGUGGACGAGCUGAUUAACCUACUGGAGAACCAUCGGGUCAGCCAGCAGAUGACGGCGGGGACAUGCCCUGCUCCCCGAGGCCUUGAGGGACGGGCUCCGAUCCGGCCAUCAGCAACCCUUCUUCGCCCGGCUCCGAGAACCGCUCCGCGCCCAACACCCGACAGGUCUGAGUGGAGAUGUUUUUCGUGCGGCCAGUUAGGACAUAUUGCCCGGCAGUGCCCUGCGGGCGAUGUGCCCAUGCCCUCCGCCAGCACGGAGGAACAGCACCGCCCAGGGAGGUGCCUCAUGACUACCUGUUGGACCCCCCCGAUACCCGGCGCCGCAACUGUGCCGGUUCGGGUGGGGAACCAGGACACCUCAGCCCUGAUAGAUUCGGGUAGUGUGGUUACCCUGAUCCGCCCUGAGUGGGCGGAAGGAGAAGAGGGGCCACGCAUCGAGGUGACCUGCGUCCAUGGGGACCUCAAGGCAUAUCCAACGAGAUGGAUCCAGGUGUGUACCCCCCGGGGAUCUUUUUCCAUACGGGCUGGGCUGGUUCCCGACCUCCCGGUCCCCAUGAUCAUUGGACGCGACUGCCCCAUUUUUGAGAGAUUUUGGGGUCUGCGACCGAGGGGAGGGCACGAUAGGGCCUCCCAGCCAAGACCCAUCCGACGCGGGAGACCCAGGGCUGCCUGUGCGGCCCACGCUCCGUCCGGUUCGUCCGACGAGGGCCCCCCGGAAGAGGCAAGACCCCUUCCCCCCUCGCCUUCGACUGCACCAGGAGGCUCCAACCGGGCGGUGGGCCGAACCCCCGAUACGGACACCGCUACGGAGGGAUCCCAAAUCCCCAGAGGGGGGGAGGGCGGGAGCCUUACGGAGUUCUCAGAAUUCCCCUUAGUCGCGGACGGGAUGGGGAACAGAGAGGGCCAGUUUGCUACAGCCCAGAAAGAAGACGACACCCUGAAACACGCCUGGGCUCGGGUGCUCGCCCACGACGGACAGCCCAUCGACCCGGUGAGUGCCUUGUCUUACCCCUUCUUUGUUACAAAAAAUUCAUUGCUGUAUAGGAUGUGCCAGAAAGGAGGGCAGACAGUCGAACAGUUAGUAGUCCCUCGCCCCUACACCAGUAAGGUAUUGUAUCUGGCCCACUCCCACCUUAUGGGCGCUCACCUAGGGAUGGAUAAGACACGGGAGAGGAUAGAAACCCGGUUUUACUGGCCCGGCAUGAAAAGGGCAGUCGUGGAUUAUUGCGCCGGCUGCCCAGAGUGCCAACUAGUGGCCCCCCGGCCCUCAGUGAGGCACCCGCUAAUCCCCCUGCCAAUUAUCGAAGAACCAUUCGAGCGACUUGCCAUGGACAUUGUAGGUCCACUGCCCAAAACUAGUAGGGGUCAUCGAUACAUCCUAGUGAUCAUAGACUAUGCAACCAGAUACCCGGAAGCUCUACCACUGCGAGCUGCCACCGCCAAAGCGGUGGGUAAAGAAUUGUUCUUAUUGUUCAGUAGGGUAGGAAUAGCAAAGGAAAUCCUCACUGACCAGGGCACUUGUUUCAUGUCAAGGGUUUUAAAAGAAAUGUUAAGACUGCUACAGGUGAAGCAACUACGAACAUCAGUUUAUCACCCCCAAACGGACGGCCUGGUAGAACGGUUCAACCAGACGCUAAAACGGAUGCUUAAGAAGGUAAUGGAGGCCGAUGGGAAGAACUGGGACCAAUUGCUACCCUACGUUCUGUUUGGGGUAAGAGAAGUGCCUCAGGCGUCCACAGGGUUCUCCCCGUUCGAGCUGCUGUACGGGAGAAGACCCCGCGGACUUUUAGACAUCGCUAAGGAAGCCUGGGAGAGUCAGCCUUCACCCCAUCGCACCAUCAUCGAGCAUGUGGACCAAAUGAGGACCCGGAUGGCCCAAGUCUGGCCAGUAGUGAGGGAACACCUGCAACAGGCACAGCAGGCCCAAGCCAGAGUGUACAAUCGGGGUGCCCAGGUACGUGCCUUCCAACCAGGAGAACGUGUUCUUGUGUUGGUCCCCAGCGCAGACUGCAAGUUCCUGGCUAAGUGGCAGGGACCCUAUGAGGUGGUGACACGGGUCAAUGAAGCCAACUAUCAGAGUCUUCCAGGACCGCCGGCGCAACCCACCCCGGCCCUUACCGCUCGGAUCCCGUUACCGAAUGUGCCCAUGGGAGACCAUCUCAGCCCGAGUCAGCUGCAAGACAUACGUGAGGUAGUGUGGCAGCACCUGGAUGUCUUCUCCGACCUGCCGGGCAGGACCGCCGUGGCCACCCAUGACAUAAGGACCGAGCCAGGAGUAACGGUUCGGGUGAAGCCGUAUCGUGUCCCCGAGGCGAGGAGAGAGGCCAUCAGGCAGGAGGUGAGUAGAAUGCUCCAGCUGGGGGUCAUUGAGGAGUCCCACAGUGCCUGGUCCAGCCCAGUGGUACUGGUGCCCAAGCCAGAUGGCUCUUACCGUUUUUGCAAUGACUUUCGUAGACUCAAUGACGCCUCCCAGUUCGAUGCCUAUCCUAUGCCCAGGGUGGAUGAACUGAUAGACCGGCUGGGAACGGCCCGUUUCAUCUCCACCUUGGACCUCACCAAAGGCUACUGGCAGGUGCCGCUGACAACUCGGGCCAGAGAGAAGACGGCCUUCGCCACACCCGAAGGCCUAUAUCACGGUUAA